AUGGCCAAAUAUUGGCUUCCAAAUUGUCUUGAUUCAUCUGGCCAAACAACUGUUGUUAUUCAGCAACCAACGCGGUUGUCCGACAACAGUGAGCAAAUAUUUUGUCCAAGAUGCAAUCGACUCGUGAUGUCUAAAACCGAGAGUAAAGUUGGUAAUGCAACAUGGCUUGCCUCAUGCAUUAUUUUCUUUCUUGGUGGUCCACUUCUGUGUUGCCUGAUUCCAUUCUGCUGUAGAAAGUGUAAGAAUAUUGAGCACCAAUGUCCAAAUUGUGGAUAUGAGUUAGGUCUCUAUAAACGCAUUUGA